AUGCUCAAUAAGCUGCAUGGUCAGCCUGAGAGCUACGAUAAGAAAGCGAAGUAUCGAUUUGGUCGAACUCUUGGUGCUGGAACAUAUGGCAUUGUCCGCGAGGCAGAUGGGCCGACAGGCAAGGUCGCCGUGAAGAUCAUCCUGAAGAAGAAUGUCAAGGGAAACGAGCAGAUGGUCUACGAUGAACUCGAGAUGUUGCAGCGGAUGAAGCACCCACACAUUGUCAAGUUUGUGGAUUGGUUCGAGUCGAGAGAUAAAUAUUACAUUGUCACUCAGCUUGCGACUGGAGGAGAGUUGUUCGACCGUAUCUGCGAGCAGGGGAGAUUCACAGAGAAGGAUGCCUCGCAGACUAUUCGACAGGUGCUUGAAGCUGUCGAUUACCUACACGACAACAAUGUCGUUCACAGAGAUCUCAAACCUGAAAAUUUACUCUACCUCACGCCUAACCCCGGAUCCGACCUUGUCCUCGCAGAUUUCGGCAUCGCAAAGAUGCUCGAUUCCAAGGAUGAAGUGCUGACGACGAUGGCUGGUUCUUUUGGAUAUGCUGCUCCUGAAGUAAUGCUGAAGAAGGGACAUGGCAAGCCGGUCGAUAUGUGGUCUCUUGGCGUAAUCACCUAUACUCUUCUCUGCGGAUACUCUCCUUUCCGAAGUGAGAACCUCCAGGAACUCAUCGAGGAAUGUAGCAGUGCCAGAGUUAUUUUCCAUGAAAGAUACUGGAAAGAUGUCAGCGAUGAUGCCAAGGACUUCAUUGGACAUCUUUUGCAACCAGACGCGGAUGACAGAUCUACCAGCAAGCAAGCUCUUCGUCAUUCAUGGCUAAGCGGCGAGAACGCUACCGACCACAAUUUAUUACCCGAGAUCAAGGCAUAUAUGGCCAAGGCUCGUCUACGCCGUGGUAUCGAAAUUGUUAAACUCGCCAACCGCAUCGAAAUGCUCAAGAUGCAAGAAGACGAGGAGGAUGUUGUACCAGGCGAGGCCGACGUGCCAGCCGAUGCUAAAGCCGCGGCAGGAGCAGCUCUAGCCGGCCAUGAUGCAGGCUCGGGACUUCCAAGCAGCACGGUAGCCGGCACCGCACCCGGCGGCAAGAGAUCCUUGAGUAAGAUUGCGAAAGGGGCCAUCUUCAGGGAGAUCGUAUUGGCAAAGGUGCGAGAAAUGAAGGAGAGCGAGAAGCAGUUGCAGGUCGAGAAGGAGGCACAAGAAAACGCUUCAAAACGGAAGAGUUUCUCUGGAUGA